CAAGAACAGAGGAAACAGAUAAGAGUUCGUUGUCAUGCUGCUGGCGAUGGCGUUACCAAAUUCCGACUCUCAGGCGGCGGCUACGGUGGAAGUCGAGUGUGUGAAGUGCUAUUCUUGCGGAUUUACAGAGGAUUGCACGCCUGCUUACAUUUCUCGAGUUCGUGAUCGCUUCCAUGGCCGGUGGAUUUGUGGGCUCUGCAUCGAGGCGGUGAAAGAUGAAGUUGUGAGAUCGGGGAAGCUCAUCUCCACUAAAGAAGCUUUGGUUCGACUAGCGAGUUUCUGCAGAGAGUUCAGGUCGACAAACCCUCUGGAUGAAACAGAGCAUCCCAUCGCCGCCAUGGGGCGGCUACUGCGACGGAGCUUGGAUUCUCCCAGAGUGCUCCGCUCAAAUUCAAGUAACGUAAUCAAACUCGAACCAAUCGUCGACAUUGGAGAUUCAGCUAGGCUCCAACGAUCCGGGAGUUGCUUUCCUUCCUUGUCUAGUUAGGGAAAAAAAAAAAAAAAAACAGAGUAACAUUUUCAAGCGACUGACUAGCUUUAGUGGGUGGUUUCAAUUAGACUUCUCCGACGAUUUUCAAACCAUUUAAAGAAAUGGGUUUGUGAAUUUCAGGAGUGAACUAACCAUUUUCUAGCGUUUAUGAUUCGUAAAUUUCGUCGUAGUUAUUGUAUUUAUGUAUCGAGUUUACGGGUUAAGAUGUAAUGCAAAUGGAAAAUUGUAUGGAAACAGAUUAUGUUUGUGUUUGCUUGAAAAAUUGAAAGUUAAAUAAA